CGCGUAGACGGUUGUUUUUUGGUAUCGUAUGUCAAGAUGCUGAACGGAAAAUUCUAUACGGGUCUGCCACCCAAUAUGAUUGAACGCGGCAGUACCCAACGUAAUCGCCUGCAAUCAAGUAUAUUCUGGCCUGAUGACACCAAAGUCGAUUCGGCGUUGGAGACGCGUGUCAAACGACGUAACAGCUUACAAAUUGCACAAACCGAACGCCCACAACUUCGCAUGCAAUCAUCGGUGAGCGGUAGUGGCGAUGCAGAUGUGAAUACAAAACAUUUAUUCCAAAAAGAAUUUUCAAAAUCAUCAAUUGAAUUUUUGGAUAAUCUAUGCGAUGAAAUAAAACCAAGGAAGCCAUUGCUUUUGAGAGGCAACAGGAGCGUUAGUAGUGAGGUGACAGCUAAGCCGACAGCUCUGAAAUUGCCACUGCCGGAGAAUGUGGUGAAUACGGGUUACACCACCGCCAAGAAAAAACAAGCCUUUACAUCGAAAAUCGAAUUCUACGACUAUGCGGGUGAUGAGUUAAAUAAUCGCAAUAAUUUGAGACGCGCAAAAAUGGAUAUGAAUGAUAAGAAGGAGAUGGAGCGGAAUUCGAAGAACAGCCCGAAGUUGCAAGUGAAAAACAAUAUGCACAGUUUGAGCACAAACGAAAAGCUGUAUCCAGCAGAACGCCGUGAGAAAGUUGAGAUAGAGAGAAUGAAGAAUACCAAUUUUAGGGAUGAUGCUGAAAUAGCACACAAAAAUAAUAUGUACGACGAGGUGGAUGACAGAGAAUACGGCCGAUAUGCGGGCAGAGGAUUUGAUGAAGAAUUCGAAGAUAGUGGCAGAGAUUUGUUGGCAAAUAAAACAAACUUGCGCUUGCGCGAGAAACGUCUUAGAGACGAACGCUUGCGUGAGCUGGACUACUUGGAAAGUAGAAGAACUGUGAGUCCUGAGCACAGUUAUAGGCGUGAGCGUCGUUUUCGUGAGGCUUACGAAGAUGACUAUGAGCUGCCCGAUUAUGCACCCAGCGCACGAUAUGGUGUGGCAGUGCGACGCUCCAAUAGUGUUGGACGCUUUACGAGUCCACCUAAACGUAUACUAAGAAAUCCCAUAAGAGAACGAAGAUAUAACAGUGACUAUGGCCAUGAUGGCUAUAGAAGCAGUGAAGUUAACAGAGCCAAUGACCGCUACAGAGAGAGGGAUAAUAAAAUACGCAACAACAGAGAUUUCAACGAUGCAGACGCUGAUGCCGAUGUGGAUUAUAUAGAGGGUUGCAUGAGGAAUUCGCGUAUUCGUACAUCGCCAAAAAAGCAUGUCACCUAUAGCGAUGACACCUACUCGCACGAUGAGGAAAUGCCAAGUCAGUCACAACGACCUCUGACGAAGAGCGAGCCGUCGCAAAAUCGCGCACCACCACAUAUGCGCACCGGAAGCGGCCAGCUACGACAUUACAAUAGCGAAAUUGAUUUCGUGGAGGAUGCUAAUGAGGCGUUGGAGGAAAAAUUUAUGGAAAACGACAUGCGCGGUAAUGUAACAACAAUCAAGCCAUUAAAUGUCGGCAGCAGUUACAUUGCCAAAAGUAAUAAUAGAGUUGAAGAGCGCAACAGUUUGGCUAAUAAAAUAAAUAACAACAAGAAUGCGAACUACAAUAAUACGACAAGUAGACUCAAUAAUCAAACAAUCGCGUCAGCUGCACGGAAAAUCACACCAAAAAUGCCUAAUGUCGUAACAACAAAGCAAAACGCCGACACAACAACGAACGUAGCUGUGGAAGCAGCUGAAGCGGUGGGAACUGAUGUGAAAAAACAUUUGCGCAGCAGUCUCUGCCUUCACAAUGGCGAGAUUAUAGCGAGCGAUGACGGCGGUGCGACGUCUGCAAAAGCACCCACGCGCAAUGCGCGCAGCACAGCGACGCGUCAGCGCGUUAGUGUAGGUCUGCCCGAUUAAUAAUCUGAGUUGUACUCGGCGCUGACGUGAGCGACGGCGCAGCUGAACGCGCAGUUGUAAUUUAAAGUUUAUUACUGCAAACUGCUUACACAUCUACAUGUGUAUGCAUUUAUAAGUACAUUGGUGUGGAGCACCGCGGGCAUAGUGAAUGGCUAAAACGUUGCACCCCCCAAAGGCGCGCGCCCGCUAUUACAUUGAACGUAAUAAUCCUAAUACAUAUUAUCUGAGCCAAGUAGUAGUGGGUUUUGUUUUUGUCUUAACAUGUAUUGAAUUUAAGUGGAAAAUUAACAAAGUGACUUUAAGUAUUGCACAUGCAAAUUAA